AUGUCAUUUGCCCCGCCUCCUGGACCUCCGCCACCUUCUGUUCCAGAAGGAUGGAAGGCUCAAUAUGAUGACCGCUAUGCUCAAUGGUUCUUCGUGAACUUACACACUGGUAAAUCACAGUGGGAUCGUCCAGAAGCCCCAGCCCAGAAAGAAGAGUUGCACGCUCCGCCAGGCGGGCCACCCCCGUCCUAUGACGACUCGGGUUCAGCAAACCCGUCCGCCCUGGCCGCUGCCAAUGACAAGAAGACGCUGGGAUCCAACAACCCUUAUAAAGCAGAUGCCGGGAAUGGUACGCUAGAUAGUGAUGCGCGCCUAGCCGCCCAGCUUCAGGCGGAAGAGGACGCCCGAGCUCAAAGUCGCAGCCCGGCGGCGCAGCCCGGCGCUGCAUCAGAUUACUACGGCGGAAGCUCCCGGCCGCAGUCAUCGACGGGCUAUCAGUCCACCCAGGGCCCCACGCCAGCUCCUGAACAGAAGCGCAGCAAAGGCUUUCUGAGCAAGUUGAUGGGGAAGAGCUCGAGUUCUAGCUACGGGAGACCGCCUCCGCCUGUUGCCCACCAACAAGGCGGCUAUUACGGAGGUGGCUAUCCUCAGCAGCCAGGCUACCCCCAGCAACCGGGGUACGGAUACCCCCAAUACCCGCCCCAGGGUGGUUACUAUCCUGCGGGCCAACCGCCCCGGCGGGGUGGGGGGAUGGGAACCGCAGGCGCUGCCGCAUUAGGCGUGGGUGGCGGUCUUCUCGGUGGUGCUUUGCUCGCAUCGGCAUUCGAUGACGACCAUGGUGACACCGUGAUCAACAACUAUGGUGAUGACUACAGUGGUGACUUUGGCGGUGGCGGUGACGACUUUGGCGGUGACUUCUAA